CUCCAGCUGUGAUAUUGUAAUAAUAUCAACAAAUAUCAUGCCUGAUCUCUCGAAGCCCGCAGCGAAGAAAGGCUCCAAGAAAGCCGUGGCCAAGUCCAACAAAGGCGGAAACAAGAAAAGGAAGAGGGCCAGGAAGCAGACCUACGCCAUCUACGUGUACAAGGUGCUGAAGCAGGUGCACCCCGACACCGGCAUCUCGUCCAAGGCCAUGAGCAUCAUGAACUCGUUCGUCAACGACAUCUUCGAGCGCAUCGCCUCCGAAGCUUCCCGCCUGGCGCACUACAACAAGCGCUCCACCAUCACGUCCAGGGAGAUCCAGACCGCCGUCCGCCUCCUCCUCCCCGGCGAGCUGGCCAAGCACGCCGUGUCCGAGGGCACCAAGGCCGUCACCAAGUACACCAGCUCCAAGUAAACUUGCGGCUCCACCUCUGCAAACCACCCAAAGGUUCUUUUAAGAACCACCAACUUCUUCUCAAGAGUUGUAUAUUCUCGAUUGUGAGGUGAUCAGUGGAACUAAUAAGUUAUUAUUAAUUAAAAAGCAAUCAAUUGUGGGGGAAACGUU